AUGAAAAACAAAUACUCUCCUAUUUCAGAUUCUGAUGACUCUUCCAAAACGCUCAAUGAUGAAAAGGCAGAUAGUCAGUCGUCUCCUUCAAAUGGUACGCCUCCUCCGUAUUCAGCUUCAAACAAGUUUAUCGAUUUAGAAAUGGCUGAUGGAUCCGCUCAGAAUUCCGCUAAUAAUUCUGGUUGGGAUGUGGUGCUUUGCCAGAAAGUCUUAGCAGGCAUCUUGUUGCCUAUAACUAUUGGGUAUAUUGUGGCCUAUGCUAUUCUUCUUGUGUUAUUUUUUGGUUUUAAGGCUUCUGUGAGUGCGAAACCCCUUUGGGGGCUUUCUGCUGGCUGUGUAGCAUCCUUUGCAUUGUUUUUGUUUGCAAUGACUCAAAUGCCUAAAGAAUGGUUCCCGCAGGCCAAACAAGGGCUCACGCAAGCUGGAAGAGCAACCAAAAACGUAUUGUCAGCUAUGUGUAUCUCAGUAUUAUGUGUGUGUUUUCUCGAUGUCCUCGGUUUCACCGUGUAUUAUGCUGCAAAGAAGUUUACAGGAUUUGAAAAGAUAAACAAUAAUUUUUUCUAUGCUGUUUGUUUUGUUAACUUUGUCUUGUUUCUUUUAUUGACGAUGAAUGCAAAUGCGCGCGAACUAUUAAGAUUAGUUCUCGUCGAUCUGAGAAACGGAAUAGGCGUCGGCGUAAACGGAAUAGGAAACGGCAUAGGAAAUGGUAUAGGAAACGCUGUGGAUCGUAUUUUAGAUACAAAUCGAGGAGAGCAAGUACCUCAGAACGAACAAAUCGAACUCCAGCAUCUUUCUGAGCAAAGCGCUGAAGUUUAA